UGGAUUUAUUGAGUGGGAGGAGAGGAGGCACAAGGAGACUCAGACAGACCAUGUGAGAGACUGACAGACAGCACACACCGGUGUGAAGAGGGAGCUUUGUGCUGAGCUCCACACGGUUUGGGUACACCUGUCUCUCUGAAUGUUUCCAUUCGGAAUCACUAACUCAAAAGGAAUACAUAUCUGCGCAAGUUCCCACUUCUGUUACAAGGACUGAAAAGGGAAGCAAACUAUCUUUCACUUUGGCUGUCUUUGCUUCCAAGCAGAUCAUUCUCUCAGUCAUUCACUGCUGUGCUGCAUGAAGUAAGCACGGGGUGUGUGUUGAAUCGGAGUGCACUAAACUGAGAUGGGGACGGUGAGCGAACUUUGUGCUUCCAGCUUCCAGGCAUUCAUGUGUCCCACUGUGUGCCCAGCUGCACAAGCAGUGCCAGAUGACCUGACGCCAGAGGAGAAGCAGGAGUUGGAGAAUAUACGACGUCGAAAGCAAGAGCUGCUUGAGGACAUCCAGCGGCUCAAGGAUGAGAUAGCAGAGGUGACGAAUGAGAUCGAGAACCUGGGCUCCACUGAAGAAAGGAAAAACAUGCAAAGGAAUAAACAAGUGGCCAUGGGCCGAAAGAAAUUCAACAUGGAUCCCAAAAAGGGGAUCCAGUUCCUCAUAGAGAAUGACUUGCUGAAGAACACCUGUGAGGAUAUCGCUCAGUUCCUCUAUAAGGGUGAGGGCCUCAACAAAACGGCCAUUGGAGAUUAUCUAGGCGAAAGAGAUGAGUUCAAUAUCGAGGUCCUUCAUGCUUUUGUGGAGCUUCAUGAAUUCACAGAUCUCAACUUGGUCCAGGCACUCAGGCAAUUCUUGUGGAGUUUCCGGUUACCUGGUGAAGCUCAGAAGAUAGACCGCAUGAUGGAGGCUUUUGCACAGCGUUACUGUCAGUGCAACCCUGGUGUCUUUCAGUCCACAGAUACCUGCUAUGUUCUUUCAUUUGCUGUCAUCAUGUUGAACACAAGCUUACACAACCCUAAUGUAAAGGACAAGCCUUCAGCUGAGCGCUUCAUAGCCAUGAACAGAGGCAUCAAUGAUGGGGGAGACCUACCAGAGGACUUGCUCAGGAACCUGUAUGAAAGUAUCAAAAAUGAACCCUUUAAAAUCCCAGAGGAUGAUGGCAACGACCUCACACAUACAUUUUUUAAUCCAGACCGUGAGGGCUGGUUACUGAAAUUGGGAGGAGGACGAGUAAAAACAUGGAAAAGAAGAUGGUUUAUCUUGACCGAUAACUGCCUUUAUUACUUUGAAUACACUACUGAUAAAGAGCCAAGAGGGAUUAUUCCCCUGGAAAAUCUAAGCAUCAGAGAAGUGGAAGAUUCAAAGAAACCAAACUGCUUUGAGCUUUUCAUCCCAGACAAUAAGGAUCAAGUGAUCAAGGCCUGUAAGACUGAGGCAGAUGGUCGGGUGGUGGAGGGAAACCACACAUUCUAUAGAAUUUCAGCCCCAACCAUUGAAGAAAAAGAGGAAUGGAUCAGCAGUAUCAAAGCUGCCAUCAGCAGGGACCCCUUCUAUGAAAUGCUCGCAGCCAGGAAGAAGAAGGUGUCCUCUAUAAAGAGGCAGUAGAUCUUCCUGACCCCUUGAAACUUUGAGGCCCACAUGUAUAUAACUGCUCAAGGUUAAGAGAACACCCAAGUAAGAACUGGCCUGUGAUCUGGCAAAUACAAAUGAAACCUCAAAGCCAUAACUGUGGACUGGCUCAGUCCUACUCAGGAAUGCCCUGGUGUUUAAAGGGGGGGGGGGGGACAUGGGUAACUGCACUGGGAGUUUGUGAGAGCCUUAAGGGCUCGACCCUGCUUUAGGACUGACUUUAUGCUUCUUUAGUAAACAUAAAAACACGCACAAAUCCUAAUUCAGGGAUUUGUAUGUAUUGAAGGAUUCUAGCAUUGCACAACAGAGGCUCUCGAACUACAAAGGUUACAAAAGAAGUGUGUAAAUAGUCUAUCAUUCUAUGUAUAUCUUAAAUCAGCAGGUCUGACUGUACAAGGCAACUGAAUUAAAAGCUGCUGACACAUACUUGUCAGUUUUUGUGUCUGAUACAUGUAGAUGGUAGGAUAAGUAAAUUAUCUGCACAUCCUUCUGAAUAUUUCAUAAGCCACAUUUAAUGACAUUUAAUUUCCGUAAUGACGUUCAAGUGUCUUUUUGCUUGCUUGUAAUUUGCUUUGUGUUUUGCGGUGAUAUUUUAAAGCUUCUUCAAAUGACGAUAUUUGCAUUUCUCAUUUGCCAAAGCUAUUUUUAUAUGCCUUCAUAACUGAUGCAGCGAAUUAUUUGUUUGUUUUUAUACUGAUUUGUCCAGACUAUUGUUCACAAAGCUGAAAUGUCCCAUUCGAACAGUGGCCUUAACAUCCUGUAAUUUACAGUUAAAACAAGACACAAUUUCCAUUUUCUUUAUUUCAACUUGGAACUGUUUAUCUACUUGCCAUUUUUUGUUUUUGUUUGACUUGAUCCACUGAUGCACUUAUCCAGAUUUGCAUUUGCGGCUCGCUCGGCUUGCGUGUUAUUUUUGUACAACAGCACAGUCUGUCAUAUGUUGUUUUUCUUACUUGUGAGAUACCAAUGUUACAUUAUAAAGUGAAUAAUAAUAAUAAUAAUAAUAAUGAUGGGUUGCUUUGUUUAAUGGUUAGCAAGAUAUUUCAGUGUUUAACUUAUUUGUUGAAGUGCACUGAUUUACUAUGAGAAGGCAAUGUUAAUUUAUGUAUGUACUUAAAUUGUAUUUUUAUCUGAAUGUGUUUGUAUAAAAAUAUGGUUUUGAGAAGACCACCAGUUUGAUUUUUCAUUAUUGCUAUGUAAGCUUGAGCUAAAAUAAAACUCCUCCAUUGCAAACAAA